AAUCAUAAUUUGGUAAAUAUAUAUUGAUGCUUUUGAUACUGUGGUAUCUGGAGAUACCAUGGGGAUUAUCGAGUAUUGGGAUCCUGCUACACUUCAGUUCCCUGAAAGUGGGGUUAAUUUCAAGUUGAAAAGUGAUACCGAUUUGUUUGCGAUUGUCAAAAGUAAAACUGCUAUUUCUGCUAUUGAGGUAAGUCCAGAUGGCAAACAAUUUGCAAUCACAUCACCAGAUCGAAGAAUACGUAUAUUUUGGUAUAGAACUGGUAAACUAAGACGUGUCUAUGAUGAAUCACUUGAGAAUGCUCAAGAUCUUCAAAGAAGCGAUGUUCCUUUGUAUCGAUUAGAAGCUAUUGAUUUUGGGAGAAGAAUGGCAAUUGAAAGAGAAAUUGAAAAAACAGAAAAUGUCCCACAGCCAAAUGCACUAUUUGAUGAAAGCUCCAAUUUCAUUAUUUAUCCAACUCUCCUUGGUAUUAAAAUUGUAAAUCUGCACACAAACAAAGUUUCCAGAAUAUUAGGGAAGGUGGAAAAUAAUGACAGGUUUUUAAGAAUUGCUUUGUAUCAAGGUGAUCAAAGCAGUAAAAAAGUGCGAAAAAUUCCUGCUGCUGCUGUAAAUGUGAAUGAAAGCAAAGAUCCCAUGACAGAUCCUACUUUGUUAUGCUAUGCUUUUAAGAAACACAGAAUCUAUUUGUUCAGCCGAAGAGAACCAGAGGAACCUGAUGAUGCAACCAAGGGUAGGGAUGUCUUUAAUGAAAAGCCUCCUCCUGAUGAACUUAUGGCUGCAUCAGAUAUUGGAAAGUCUGUUACAACAUCUCUUCCAGAAAAUGUGGUAUGGGCAAUUGCAGAUUCUAGACGACAAGGUUUUCUUGGCUUCAAAGAGUUUAUUACUACAAUGCAGUUGAUUUCUAUGGCACAAGUAGGACACACAUUAAGUAGCGACCUCUUAAAUUCUGAUAUUGAUUAUGAAAAUUUGAAACCACCUGUUAUGGAUAGUCUGGAUGUCUUACUAGCUAAAAAGCGUCCAAAAAGUGAUCCUUAA